AUGUCUCACGAACCGAUACAGCCAGAGCAUUUCGACCUGACACUGCAGUCCUUAAGACUCGCAAGAGGAAAUUAUCUCCCGUCUUCGCUGCUCAAGCAAGAUGGCUCGCUGGAGAAAGCGGAAUCAAACGACCGGAAAAAGCGAGCCAAGGCCGCAGCACUACGAGCAGAGGAGGGGAAGAUACAAGCCGACGCCUGGGGAGACCGAGCAGUGGCUGCGGAACUGCGAGCGAACGAGGCGGAAGAGAAGCUCCGCACCGAGACCAGACGUGUAGGGGAGUUCCAGGAAAUUCUCCGGGCGCAUGUACGGAACUCGCAAACUCGUCAGCGGGCUCUCGAGGACGAUCUGGGUCGUUGCAGAGCGGCCCUCGACAUCCUCCAGAGCCGGAGCCAAUUCCGGCCAAGGGUCCUUCGACAAGGCCCGCGGAUGCAGCUGUACCGGGACCAGACCGCGCAACUCGAGGAGGAAAUUCAAGACAUGGCGGACCAGGUGGAUUCUGCGAACCGGCGACCGGACUCAGAAGAUCCGACCAGGCAGCCGUUUGCAGAUCAAGUCUUCCCCAACCGCAACCUCGAUACAUGUUUCAGUUGCAAAACUAUCCGUCAACCAAGUAUGAAUUUGGGCCCUCGACCCGGUCAAGGGGCCUGUAGGUGA